AUGGAUGAUGAUUUGAAAUUUCUUACUCCAACUUCCGUUAAACCAUCAAAUCUUGAAAAUCUCGAUUGCAACAUGGAUUCUCCAAAGAAGAUUAAACUGCACACUUUUGAGGAUAAGGUUUUGAUAACCGAAGCUCUCACUCACACCUCUUAUUGUUAUGAAAACCCAAUGACAGGUCAUCAUAAUGAACGACUGGAAUUUCUCGGUGACUCAAUUCUUUCAUGUGCUGUGACGGAUUAUAUAUUUGAAAGAUUCAAAAAUUGCAAAGAAGGUACGCUUACACAACUACGCGCCCAGAUUGUCUGUCAAGAAACCCUGGCCGAAUUCACCAGGAAACUAGGUCUAGAAAAGAAACUCCGGUUAGGAGCCGGAUGCGCAAACAUGAGAAGCAAUGAAAAAGUUUUGUGCGACACAUUUGAGGCAUACGUCGGUGCGGUAUAUCUAGAUGUCAAGAAAGAUAUGUCGAAAUUGGUGGGAUAUAUUAUUGAGCCACUAGUCAAACCGUUCGUUGACGAACUAGAGUCAAGGAAUGCAAUCGGCAUCCAUGAUGGUGGUGGAAUUAUUUCGCUUGAAGAUGAUGACGAGGAGGUUCAAGUCGUAAAAUCGAUCGUACCUACUACUCACGUCUUCUCAGACCCGAUGGGAAAAUUGCAAAUGUGGGCAGCAAGGAAACUGAAACUAGUGCCUUUGUAUGAAGAACUAGGGAAUGAUAAUCAAACAAAUGGUCCAUUCAGAUUUGAGGUUAGAAUUGGCGAAAAGAUUUUUGGUCGAGGUGAAGGGCCGAAUAAACGAACGGCAAGAAAGCAAGCCGCCGAAAACGCGUUAAAAAAAAUUGAAGGCGAUGAAGGAACCAUCACACCCACGCCAGAUGUCGAAGGAACCACUACAAACAUACCAAAUAACUAG